CUCAACAAUUUGCCCCUGCAGAGCUACAUUGAUGCAUUAGUCCCUGUGGUGCAGGAUUUGAAGGACUCGUAUGAUUCUCUGGACGCGGUGUGGCAGCAAGACACUGAAGCCUUUUUGCACUUGAUGAUUCUUGAUGGCUGUUUUAUGCUUGAAAUUCUGCGCAUGUCAGACAGAAUUAACGGCUAUCAACAUCAGUAUUCAUGGAAAGAUAUUGGUGCAGAGUAUGCUCUCAACGAUCCGAUUUUCAGCAAUCAUGGAUUCUUGUAUAUCAUGCCAUACAUUAAAAGGGAUAUGCUGAUGCUUGAAAAUCAGCUGCCCAUGCUGCUGCUGAAAACCCUGCUUGCAGUUCAAAAUGAAGGAACAAUGCAGAAGGAGUUUCUCAACUACCACAUUCUUAAGUUCUACACUCCAAAUUUGCUUGUCCGCGGCAUGGGGGACUGCCUGCACGUACUGGACGUGUACAGGCGCAACUUAAUUUUAGGUGAUGGUGAUGGAAUAGUUGAAGAUCCAAUCCCUUGUAACUCUGAUAUCAAAGACGAGUACGAGAUAAUGUGGUCUGCAACCGAGCUCCACAAUGCAGGAAUCCAGUUAAAGAAAAGCAAAAGCUCUAGCCUUAAGGACAUCAGAUUCACCAGUAGCGGGGUUCUAAGAAUUCCUCGUAUCAUAAUCGACGAUACCACAGAAUCAAUGUUCCUGAACCUGAUAGCUUUCGAAAGAUUACACGUUGGUGCUGGAAACGAAGUGACUUCUUACAUUUUCCUUAUGGGCAACAUUAUCGACAAUACUAGAGAUGUCAGCCUUCUGACCUUGAACGGUAUCAUCCAAAACGCAAUUGGAGGCAACAAAGCCGCGGCUAAAUUGUUUAACUCACUUUGCAAGGAUAUAACACUUGAUCCCAAUAGUAACCUAAAUCUUGUGCAGCAAUGUGUUCACCAUUACUGCAUGAAGCCUUGGAACAAAUGGCGCGCCACUCUUAUGCACACCUACUUUAGUAACCCUUGGGCUAUUCUCUCUGUUCUUGCAGCAAUCUUUCUCAGACAAUCUACACUGUGUUGCAACUGUAUCAGCCUCAGUCUCCUGGCUCUCCUCCCCAUACUUGAGAGUUUCUCCUGUUAACUAUAUGCAAUUUUCAUUAUUUAACCUAAAGAUAUGUGUUAAGUGAAUUUGUAAGUGUGAUUUCGAGACCUGAUGAUCAGUUGUUUUUUUCAUUAGAUUCUCAUUUUGUGACCUAAUGAUCAGGUGCAUGCUUAAUUUUAUUGGAGUUUCAUUUCGCUUCUGAAAUUACUUUACUAGCAAGGUU